CCGGGCGUCCCCGGCGUUAUGCCGCCAGGCGCCGUGCGCCCGCCGACCAUGUACGCGCCGCCCCAGCCGGGCGCCUACAUGCCGCAGCCCGGCGCUGGUGUCCCCCAUCCCGGCGUUCCAUGGGCUGCGGUGUUGAGGAUCUCCAGUGGGUUUGGUGGGAAUUGAGAGGAUUUGUGCACUGGACGUGGGCAGGGUUUUGGUUAGCGUUUAGAGCGGUGGUCGUGCCAGCCGUUACUCCCCACAGCGAGAGGUGCCGGCUCAUGUUUCAUUCUGCAGCUCUAACUGAAGCUCUAGAUCAUUUGCUCCCUCACUGAGUGUGAUGCUUCAGCUGUGGGUUGUUCCAAAAACUUGCUAAGGUAUCAUGAUUUUCUGCUGUUUAAAUUUCGUAUGCCGGCUAUACCUUUCUGUUUUGGUUUCAUUUAUUUCUCUUGUUGAUACGAAGUGUAGAGAUAGUGACACAUUUGCCUGAGCUCUUAUAUCUGAGUAGUGCAUUGCAAUGGUGUGAGCUAUACCAAGUUUCACAAAUAACCAAUACAAGUAUGCCUGUCCCUGAGGCGUUGACAGGUAAGGCCAGCUUUACUAUCUCCUUUCAUUUGAGCAAGAUAUUGCUAGAUGUUCGCUAUGGUAUUCUGAACCGGCAAGAUACUUGCUUAUCUAUUCAGUCAGUUUUUAUUUGUUGAUGCCAUUGUGUACCUUAAAGUGUUUCCACAUUUCUAUAGUCUCUAUAAUCUCUGAUUCCAUGUCUUCAGACGCUUAAUUGUGCACUAUGUGUUCAGAGGUUUAACUUGUGCACUAUGUGUUUAGAGGUUUAAUUUCUGUACUAUGUGUUUUACUUCAUGGGUUGUUACUAAUGUGGUUGCAUAGAUGUCUCUUUUGUCUGUCUCUGCAGGAAUGCCUCGUUAUCCUGCUCCGUAUCCUAUGGUUCGUCCAGGCUUUGUUCCACGUCCAAUGCCUCCACCUGGUGUCGUGCCAAUUCAGCGGCCACCAAUAAUUCCUGGGAUGCGUGGUGUUCCUCCUUUGGUAGCCCCAGCUGCCAGGCCACCUCCUCCAGCUGUUACACCAGCAGAUAAACCACCAACUGCAGUUUAUGUUGGCAAGAUUGCUCCAACAGUAGACAAUGAUUUCCUUCUUUCACUUCUUCGGCUUUGUGGAUCUGUCAAGAGUUGGAAGCGUGCCCAAGAUCCAAGUAAUGGAAAACCUAAAGGUUUUGGAUUUUGUGAAUUUGAAUCUGCUGAAGGCAUCCUUCGUGCAACACGGCUUCUCAACAAAUUGAGCAUUGAUGGUCAGGAACUGGUGAUUAAUAUUAACGAUGCCACCAAGGAGUACUUGAAAAAAUAUGUUGAGGAAAAGAAGAGGGCACAAGAGAAGGCGAAAGAAACAGGAAAUGGAGACAGGGAUGGAACUACAGCUGUUGCUGAAAACGAAUCAUCAAAGCAUGUCCCUGAUGAAUCGGAUAAAGCAACAGGAGAUGCUGGAGAUAAGGACAGUGAAGAGAACACUAAUAAAUUUGGGAUUGUUACUGAUGAAGAUUCUGAGGCUGAUAAGGAUGUUGCAGAAAAAAUCAGCAGUAUGAUUGAAGAGUGGUUAAAGACUAGACCACCGCCCCCACCACCACCAGUUCAACCAUCAGCAGAUAGCUCUGGUGCAGAUAUGACAAAACCUGAUUCUGAUGAUAAGAAUGAUGCUGAUACCAAUAAAAGGGCAGUUAAUGAAACUGAAAGAUCAGAAACUGGCUCUCCUGAUAAGAGGAAGGAUAGAGAGCGUGAUAAGGACAAACGGGACAAAGAUUUUGAAAGGCAUGAACGUGAACGGGAGCGUGAAAGAGUCAGGAGGGACAGAGAAAGGGAUAGAGAGAAGGACUAUAAGCAUAGAGAAGCAGAAAAACUAUACAGGGAUCGCCUUAAGGAGUGGGAAUCUAGGGAGAGAGAAAAAGAAUAUCAACGACAGAAUGAAAAGGAUAAGGAGAAAGAUAGAGAGCGUGACCGCAGAAGGGAGAUCAUGAGGCAGGAAGAUGAGAGUGAUGAAGAGGAUAAUCGGAAAAGGAAGCGAAGGGGUAGUAGCACACUUGAAGAGAGGAAAAGGAGGAGGCAGCGUGAAAAGGAGGAUGAUUUAGCAGAUAAAAUAAGAGAGGAAGAGGAAAUUGCGGAAGCAAGGAGGCUGGCUGUAGAGUUGCAACGGCAGGCAGAUGAAGCAGCUGCAGCAGCUGCUGCAGCUGCUGAAGAGUCUGCUACACUUAUGGAUGUUGAUGGUGAUGAUGAAAAAGAAACAAAUGCACAAAACAAGCCAGGUGUCGUGGAAGUUGAUAACAUUGCUAGCUUUGCUAAUGGUGUUGGUGCUGGUGGUGGACUUCAUAAACAAAAUAACAGUGAUGAAACAAGCAUGGCACCCGGUCAAAUCCCAGAUACCAAGCAAAAUAGCAGUGUCCCAGCAAAGAAACUGGGUUUUGGUCUGGUUGGCUUGGGUAAAAGGACAUCUGUUCCAUCAGUUUUUGCUGAAGAGGAUGACGAGAAUAAUGUUGAUAAAAGCAUAAGACCUCUAGUACCUAUCGAUUACUCCAAUGAGGAAUUACAAGCUGUGCAGGCCAAUUCUUCUGCUGGGCCAAAUGUUGCAGCAGCUGCUGAGUUUGCCAAGCGCAUCUCAGUCUCAAAUUCGAAGGAAGAGAAGACUGAAGCCGAGAAGGAUAGGAAUAGGAGAUCCAGUGAUAGAUCCAGUGAAGCUCGUGUUAAUGAUGAGCGGAGGGAAAAGAUUCAUGAUCGAGAUAAAGAGAAGCCUAAGUCAGAGAACAAGAAGAUUUUGGAUGCAAAACAAUUAAUUGACAUGAUCCCAAGGACGAAGGAAGAGCUUUUUGCCUAUGAUAUAAACUGGGCAAUAUAUGACAAGCAUGAGUUGCAUGAGAGAAUGAGGCCUUGGAUUUCAAAAAAGAUCAUUGAAUUUCUUGGCGAGGAGGAAUCGACUUUGGUGGAUUACAUUGUAUCCUGCACCAAAGAUCAUGUCCAGGCAGAAAAGAUGCUGGAGCUCCUACAGUCGAUUUUGGAUGUCGAGGCAGAGAUGUUUGUCCUCAAGAUGUGGAGGAUGCUUAUAUUUGAGAUAAAAAAAGUUGAAUCAGGAUUAUCAGGAAGAGCAAAGGCGUGAAGCUAAGCCUCUUACCUUGUAUGACCUUUUCUGAUUUAUGUUACUCAUCAACUGUGAUCUCACCUGUAAGCUCAUACUGUACUACAAGCGGAAAAAACAAUUUUAGUGAGACUGAAUUGAUGGUUUCUAUUUUCUCCUCUUCCGUUGUAGAAAUGUAUACGAGAACCAAUGAGAUAUUCUGCGUAAUUACAUUUUUUGAUAGAUUGUAUUAUUGGAUUGGUGAUGCAGUUUCUCAUCGUCUGCAGCCACCUUGUCUCUUGUGUACGAGUAUGACAAUGAAUCAUGAAUGUCAAUGCUGGCAAUGGCCACGAUUAACUCCCAA